GAUGCUACCUCGCUCUACUCCGAAGCCUCGCCUCUGCUCCUACCAUCCAAAGACGGCUCCGCGCCAGGUUUUGCUCCUGCUCAGUCUCUGUCACGCGGUCUACAAAUCCCAUCAAGGUCAUACCGUCUAACCUCCGGCUUCGAGUACCCUGCCGUCCUAUCAGCUUAUAAUGUUUCCGAGGAAGACUGGAGGAGGUUUACUAGCGAGAUCACAGAGCAAGCCAAGCUGUCGUCAUCACAAUGGAGAACAGUCAUCGGCGUUGGCCUAGGCACAAUGGCGGUCGGCGGUAUGAUGUUAGGCUUCUUCGGUGCCGUUCCAGCCGUCAUCGCAGCUCGAAAGAAACGCGCGCACCAGGAGAAUCGGAAUGUGGCAGCAUCAAUGGCCUCAGACAGCGAGUCUGCUCUCUCACACAAAAUCAGUGACUGGAAUGAGUCGUUUUUCAAACCUCGCGGCCUUGUGAUACGCAUCGACAUGCCAUUUAACGAUGACGAGAGUCUUUGGGAGAUGGAUGUCACCCCAUCAUCGUCUCGGUCAGGAUCGGUAGUGUCGUUACCGAUGGAGAGGACGGAAGCACAAAAUACAUCGAAAGAGAAAGAGAAAGCCCGGAGUCGAGGACGAAUUGUCAUUGUUCCGCUCAAUCAACGUCCUUCCUCGGUGAUGAGUCAAGCUACCACUCUCGCGGAAGAGAGUCGUUACAUGCCUGUGGUUUACGAUUAA